UCCUAUAAAAAUAAUAUAGGUUUUUUCAGUGUUGUUGUUGUUUUUUUUAUGCAUAAUUACGCGAAAUAGAAAUUUAUUGACCAAAAAGUUGAGUAAAAAAAAUAUAGCGCGAAGGCAUGCCUGUCUCUUCAUGAAAUUGUUUUAAAAAACCUGAAUGUGUUACAGGACAAAAAACUACCCGAAUUCGAAUGGAUCCCAACUAAAGCUCCCAAGGGAACGAGACAUUCAGAAUUCAUCAAUCAACGCGAACCCUACACUUGGGAAUAAUUCAAAAUGAACUACUUGCCAGAAAGAACUCCAUCGUCAAUCUUCAAUCAGCUCCUUUUUACUCUCAAGAAUUCAAACUUGGACGAAUUUAAACAAAUCAUAGCCUACAACUCAGAUGCCAAUUUCUUCGACGUGAACUAUUUCUUCGACGAAUUUGUCGAAUACAACGACAGUGGAACAUUAUUAGAUAUCGCUUGCCGAAGCACUGGUAAAAGCGAAUUCGUACAAAUCUUAUUAUCCAAUUUCGCCAACGUCAACGUCAUAAACAAACGCACUGGGAAAGCCCCCAUUCACGAAGCUGUUGAGAAAUCCGAUAUCGACACCGUGAAAGUUCUCAUUAAAAAAUAUUGGUACAGCGAAUGCGACGUUAAUUUGCCAGAUCAAAAUGGUAAUACUGCCUUACACCUCGUCAUCAAGCUGAACAAAAUGGAUUUUAUGAAAACCCUGCUACAAAACUGCAAUCGAAUCGAUAUCAACGUAGGAACUUGGCAAAAUGCGACUCCAUUGCAUUUAGCUCUACGCAAAGGUAAUCUAGAUGCUGCCAAAUUAUUAUUAGAGCAUCCUCAUGUUGACUUAAAUUUUCAAAAAGAUUCCGAAGGUCGCACCUGUCGUCAAAUAAUCCAAGAUCAAUACCCUCAACAAUUUCUGCAAUCAUUUUCAUUUCGCAACAUUCGAUCACCUUAUAAUAUCGGCUCCAUUUUAUUCUCGCUACUGAAACGUCAAGAAACCGAAUUAUUUGAAAAUCUUGCUAGUGAAGUCGACGUUGGGUUCUUAAAUGAGACCCACAAUGGUUGUCAAACCUAUUUACAAUGUGCUUGCGACUUAGGUUUGGUCAGUACUGUGAAUAUGCUUUUGAGUAAAGGAGUGAAUCCUAACAAGAUGGCAGAAACUCGUCAAAAUAAGACGGUUAUUCGUAAAUGUAGAUCUCUUACCCCAGCAAUGCUAGCUGCUCGUAACGGUUUCGAUCAAGUACUCGAACUACUGAUCGAGAAUUCCGAAAUUCAGCUACAAAUUUCAGAACUGGGUUCGGUGCUGCAUUCAGUCAUGGAAGGUAUGUUCAAUAAGUCUACAGAUCAAAGAUCAGGCCACCAUAAAUGCCUCCAAUUGAUUCUGAAUAAAGCUAAAUCUCGAGAUGGGUUGGACUUGAAUUUCGAAGACCACGACGGAUACACUGUGCUAUUCAUGGCAACUAUAUUAAACGACGAUCAAGUUAUUAAAUCUCUGAUUUAUGCGGGGGCUCGAUUCUAUCAAAAAAACCACCCAGGGGAUACGUAUUACCUGAUGAUCAAUUCCUCGAUGCUCUCAGAGUAUUUGGACAGCUGCAUUAGUUCUAAAAACGAGUCGCCAUUCAUGAUUGAUUGUGACAUCAUCAUUGAUUACAAGACCUUGGUUAGUUCGAGUAAAAAUCUCGGAAGCGAAGAUGUUAAUGAAACGGAAGCUUCCUCCGAACUAGAAGAAGUCAUCGUGAGAGAUCUUGACAGUAGAGAAGUGUAUGAAAUGCAGUCUUCUGGAAUGUUGGAAUGUUCCUCUAAAAAAAAUCGUGCUGAUUCAGAUGUAAAUGAGAUGGAGAUUUUCACGGUACUGAAUGAUUCUGCUGAGCUGAGGGAGCAUCUUAAGCAUCCAGUUUUAGUGAGUUUUCUCUACAUGAAAUGGCAUCAGGUGGAGAAAUAUUACAAGAUUAAUUUUUUUUUGUAUUUGUUAUUUUGCUGGAGUCUAAGUUUAUACGUUUGGUUUAUUUAUGAAGUUUUCCCAUCACUAGCAACUUUACAAAUCAAUUUGAUUUCAUUACUGUGGUGGGCAACUCAAAUCUUCUACAUACCUCUCAUUCCGAGAGUAGUAUUACAGUUUUUCCUAUCACCUCAGUUUAAUUGGAACUCACUAGAAGACUGGUUUGAAAGAAUAGUUUUUACUAUCGCAGGUUACUUGCUGUACUUUUCCAGGCCAGAUCAGUGCUGUCUACUUACUGCUGUUGUUAUUUUAGUCUCGUGGAUCGAACUGGUUUUUUUGCUCGGUAAACAUCCCUCGUUCGCAACUGAAAUAGCAAUGUUUAAAAAAGUUGCGUGGAAUUUCAUGAGAUUCUUGUUCUUAUAUUCGGGCAUGAUUUUGGCAUUCGCUUUCAGUUUCUACAUACUAAUGAGACAGAAUCCGCUGAAACAGGAUCCGCUGAACGACAAGGGUAAUACGAGUAACUCGAAAGACGUCACUUCUGCUUUCAACAAUCCAAUUACAUCGAUUUUCAAAUCGUUCAUCAUGCUGACCGGCGAAUUCGACAUGGAAUCCGUACCUCUAGGAUCCUCCCCGUUCAACUCUAAUCAUCUGGUGUUCAUUUUAUUUGUAUUCCUCAUAGGCAUCGUAUUGUACAACUUGCUCAAUGGUUUAGCCAUCAAUGACACUCGAGACAUCCGAGAAGAUGCUGAAUUGGUCGGAAUAGCAUCUGAAAUUAAACUUAUUUCCGAUCUAGAACUCAUAGCCAAUCGAAACCUAUUCCAUUGCAUUUUCAACUUGCUUUCAAGGUAUUGCCCUGAUCGCUUCAAACGGUACUUCCCUGUAGUGGAACGUAAAUUGGUAUCGUUUUAUCGUCGAUUGUUUCCCUCGUUUUGCCCUCGACGGUUCACGGAUAAGAUCUCUUUGUGGCCUAAAUUCCCGGCAGGAAGUCAUAUUCGGGUAUCACAACGUAGAAAUAACGCUGUGAGCUUUCCUAGUAGUUAUGACCAGAAACAAGGCACGUUCAAAUAUUCGAAAGGAUGCGACUGGAAAAUGCACCCAGAUGUAAUAAAACGCGCCAAAGAAAUCCUGCAAAAACGUAAGGACAGCAUGAAAACUGGCGAUUACAAUCAGCAAUUAUCAUCUAUGAAUCACAAUCAAUUCAAGUUCGAUGCUAUUGAAAAGUGUGUGCAACUUAUUGCCAAUGAAGUUAUUGAAUUGAAAUCGCAAAUAAAUCGUGCAAAAGUUUCCCCUGAAGCAGAGUGUCUGCAAGAUUCUGUAACUGAGAUACGUGAUUUAAAACACAAAAUUGGCCAAUUGAGAACUCAUCCAGACUUUUACAACUCUUUAUCGACCCCUGUUUCUUUUGUUUGAAAAUGUUUCUUUUGGUCUGAUAUUU